GCCGCGCCGCGCCGCGCGUCUACAACCGACACCACACACCGGCAGUCUCGUCGAAUCUCGCUGAAAGCCAUUAAUACAGUGAUGUCAGAGACUGCAGACCGCUUGUCUUCUAUCUCCCUGGUUGAGAUCAAGGCUGAGACACAUCUAGUCCUCCAAGCUUUCCUCCAUCGGACCCUUUCCAUCCCACUGGCAGAGAGGCCUGGCAGAGUAGGAGGUGUCUAUAGAGAUCACAACAAGUACAGCUCCAAGCCACAACCAAAAGCAAAGGAUGGGUGGGAUCCUCAGGUGGAAGAUGUCAGUUCAACAGAUGGGAAGAAGACUGGAAUCAAGGAUUUCAUAAAGCAGCUGCCUCUUCAUAACACCACAUGUCCUCCUGACAAAGAUCCUAAAGGCGUGGACAGGGACAGCGGGACAAAAUUGUCAGACCUCAGGGAACAAACAGAAGAUGAUGUCAUAUCCCCCUCUUCUACAUCAGAAGAUGAUGACAGUGAGAAGAGACAGCAGAAGAAGCGGAACCAAAAGAAGAUUCGAAAAAAGAUCUCCAAGUUCUUCAGGUUAAGGUUAGAGAAAGAGAAGGACAAAGAGAGGCAUGGAUCUUAUCCUCAGAGGCCUUGCACAAUUGACAAAGAACCAGAGCCUUUGCUGACCAUUGUCUCUCCCAAUCACCCCCCUGAGUUUUAUAAUGAAGUAGCAGAGAAACUGGAAAAGAUUGCCCAGAAGUCCACCAGUAUAAAGAAGUCCACCAGUAUAAAAACUCCCACAGCCCAGCCAUCACCAGUGUGUGAGAAAGACGAAGUGGUGCGGCAGCUUGUUCAGGUGCUCUCUUUGGAGGGAGAUUCUAUCAACAAUAAGAUCCAGUCGGACCCCUUCUUGCGCUCCAACUUAACUCAUCUUUCAUAUGCAUCAUUUGCCAAUCUUCUGGAUGCUUUCAGCAGCAGUCAGAUAUCUGAGGCCCCAGCCUUGCCGCAAACAGCUAGUCCAACACUCCAACGCAUGGCUGUCACCAUGGAGGUAUCACGACGGAUGGUGACAGCCACAGGAGCCCAACGCUUCCAAGGCUACGCAGAACGCUACAUGGAAACCUUUGUCCCCUGGGUCAAGAGCCAUGGAGGAUGGGAGAAUGUGAUGGAUUUGGAGGAGCCUGUAGAGUACGACUGAGUUCUCAAACUUACCAGUUACCACUUACCCUAACCUCAUGACAUCGAAGUGAAGAGGGACAAAUGGACGUUCCACUGCUUUUCUAGAUGGACAAACUUUCCCCAGAAGCCUCUUUGAGGGUAUAAACAGUCAUGUAAUGCCUAACUCAUACAAUGCAUUCAGAAAGUAUUCAGACCCCCUUCACUUUAUUCACUUUUGUUAUGUUGCAGCCUAAUGCUACAAUCGUUUAUUAUUAUUAGGUACACGGGGCAACACACUCAGUACAGUCUACACUCGGUACGCCAUAAUGGCGAAGUGAAAAUAGAAUUUUAAAAAACUGAAAUAUCACAUUGGCAAAAGUAUUCAGACCCUUUGCAACAACACUUUAAAUUCUGCUCAGGUGCCUCCCAUUCCUCUUGAUUAUUGCUGAGAUGUUUCUACACCUUGAUGGAGUCCACCUGUGGCAAAUUAAAUUGGUUGGACAUGACUUGGAAAGGCACACACCUUUUUUAAAAGACCUCAAUGGUGACAAUGCAUAUCAGAGCAAAAGCCAAGCCAUGAGGUCAAAGGAACCGCCUCCAGAGCUCAGAGACGGGAUUGUUGCAAGGCACAGCUCUGGGGAAGGCUACAAAAAAUUCUGCUGCACUGAAGGUUCCCAAGAGCACUGUGGCCUCCAUAUUUCUCAAAUGGAAGAAGUUUGGCACAACCAGGACUCUACCAAGACCUGAUUGCCCGGCGAAACUAAGCACUUGGGGGAGAAGGGCCUUAGUAAGAGUGGUGACCAAGAACCCAAUGGUCACUCUGAGCUCCAGAGAUCCUUUGUGGGGAUCGGACAAAGUUCCAGAAAGACAGCCAUCACUGCAGCCCUCCACCGAUCUGGGCUUUAUGGCAGAGUGGCUAGACGAAAGCCUCUCCUCAGUGCAAAAGACAUGAAAGCUGCCUGGAGUUUGCAAAAAACAACUGAAGGACUCUCAGAGUGUGCGAAACAAGAUUCUCUGGUCUGAUGAAACCAAGAUUGAACUGUUUGGCCUCAAUAUUAAAUGUUAUGUCUAGAGGAAAGCAGACACUAAGUCAUGCCAAAUACCAUCCCAACAGUGAAACAUGGUGGUGGCAGCAUCAUACUGUCGGGAUGUUUUUCAGGAACAUGGACUGGAAUACUGAUCAGUACUGAGUAAAGGGUCUGAAUACUUAUGUCACUGUGAUAUUUCAGUCUUUUUCAGCUUCCUAUGCACAAACACUAUCAUAUCUAGUCGCCAUUGUUGUUGUUGUUUCUUAAAGGUACAUUCUGUGGUCAAAUAUGAACCAAAGGGUCGGCCUGACACAAAAACUCAAACCAUCUGAUUAAAAUAUUCUAUCAUUGUCAAUUUUUUUUGUCAAGUUUUUUUUUUACAUAUUGUUCAUUCAGCAUAAUUGAAGUCAAACAAUUGUACAUAUAGAUAUAUAUGUGUGUGUAUAAAUAUACAACAAAAAGCAGGGAUAGGAUGUGAUAAGCAUUUUGACUCCUUUUGUUUCUAAAUCACAGUAAAUGCUAAUGAAACUGUGCAUGCCUAGAUUUCAGGGUAAAUGGGAGACUUUAUUCUUUUGCUAUUUGAAUAUUUAAUUUGAGUGUAUUUAUAUUUGCAGUUUCACUUUGACAUAUCAGAGAAAGUAAAGAAAGCAUCAACUCAUCAA